AGCCCGAAGUGUGUGUCCUGUCGCCAGGGAUAUCUCGAGUGUCAAGUUGUAGUAGACUCAAUAGAGCGCAACCGCUGUCUACACUGUCUCAAAGAGAAGAAGUACUGCUACGGAGCGCGGACCCAGGAAGUUCGGGACAUACCCAACGAGUCGGUUGGCCGCCCGGAUGAUCGCCGUCCUCUCCCAAGUCAUUAAACAUCGAUCCCUCCUGGUCACUCCCUCCACCCGUACAACGGCCCGCAGACUACCUCCGAGUCUUUGGUACCCUACAUCGUUCCAACCCGACCGCCUUCUCUUCCCGCUCCGAUCGUAUACCAGACGGCGGUCCCCGAAGACAGGCCUCUGUAAGGCCUACACCGCCUGCCGCCUAUCUGGGAAGUCCUCUUGAAAGUUCCAGCGUACUUUGCUCCCGCUCCAGCAGGGCAGGGAAAUCUGCGUGGAUAACUAUCCUCAACGGGCAGGCCGGCACCCUCCUCUACCUCCGAGCGGACGAUAGUAUCGAGAUCGAGGGCUGUGGAGGGGUUCGU